GUAGUAGCAGGUUGUCUGACUCAGUCGUAGAUAAAAACACUGUGCCAAAGAUUAUUUCGUCAUUGCAGGGCAGGAUUGCGUGGAAGUCAGAUGUGUAGUAUGGUGCUCGUGGAUAGUACGGCCUGGUUAGCGGUGAUUGUUGUGCUGAGCGCGAGGAGCUGCUCAUGUCUUCACGCACAGGACUGGCAUAUUAAAUCAGCAAGAGAGUGGCUGUCUGUCAAGAAGUCCACAUGGUGGCCACUGUACAUGCCGAGUGGCCUGGACGAGACGAGCUCGUGCAGCCAGUCCAUUACGGCCAUGAGACACUCUCUGGAACUCAACGAGACAUGGGCUCUCAAAAUGAUGGAUUCGUGGGGCAAGUCUGUUGACGGCAUCCUGUACGGCACUAGGGCUACCGUCGGAGUGUUCGAUGAAUGCGUCUCUGCCAAGUCGCCUGAUAAGAGCAUUCAUGGAAAAUAUUGCUUAAUAUCACUGAGUAAAGAGGCAGUUUCGGUUAAAUUAGACACGAAAGACCACAACAACUGGAUAGGACAAAAUCUAUAUAUGGUGCCUUUUGUGCUUGACUUCAAUUGGCAGCUAAAUGGAAGUGGUUUCAAGUAUGCUACCUGCAUGCCUGAUGCCUGCAGCAAGGAGGAGCUACAGGAGAGCCUCAUUGAGACAUACAGCAACAGCACUAGAAACUAUGUAGUUAACAGUGUCUCUUGUCACACUAACGGUUCACAAAACAAGUUCUCAGCCGGCGACAUUGUAUAUAUCACUCUGUUGACUGUCUUGUUCUUCACGAUACUCAUAGCAGGCAUCGUAGACGCAUAUAUUGAGAAAACUAAAAAUAAAGCAAUGGCUAAAGGUAGUUUGCGGUACCUGCUGCCCUUCUCUGUCUACACCAACAUCAGGAAGCUCUUCCACCUCAACACUGACCAAUCCUCCAACACCAUACACUGCCUUCAUGGUAUCAAAGUUCUCUCCAUGACGUGGGUGGUGUUUGGUCACCAGCAGUUUUCUACGCUGGUCUUUAACGCAAAUACCUUUGGAAUGUGGACGAAAGUGAACAGUUUCUUGGAUCAAGUGGUAAACAACACCUACCCAAGUGUUGACACGUUUUUCUUCGUUGGAGGUCUCUUGUUAUCCUUCUCAGUUCUCAGGCAACUCAAGAAGACUGGAAGGUUCAACAUUAUUGUGUUUUACAUUCACAGAAUUGUCAGGUUGGUACCGUCUAUUGGGCUGGUUGCUGGGCUGUAUGCUACUGUUGCUCACUUGUUUGUGUCCGGACCAAUAGCUGAUUACUGGACUGUCGUGCAGAGAAGCUGCCAACUCACCUGGUGGCGAGAUGUGCUAUUCAUUGAUAACUUUGUGUCGGACCCAAUUGAACCCGGCACUCAGGGAGACUGUCUGGGACAGUGCUGGUACCUGGCAGUGGACACACAGUUCUACCUGAUCUCUCCUCUCAUUCUCCUCCCCCUCUACUUCUACAGUGCUGUAGGUCAAGUGUUGCUGUACGUGCUCAGUCUCGCCUCGGUCAUCAUCCCCGCCUCCAUCAUAUAUGCAUAUGACCUCGCACCUACUAAUUUAAUUGUGGACCCCAAGUCGAAUGAUUACGUGGAGAUGGUGUACUCGAAACCUUGGUGCCGAGCCGGGCCCUGGCUGGUGGGCAUCUGGCUAGGCUAUGUCUUCUACACUCAAGGGAACAAGAGGGUCAUUCUUACCAAGUGGCAAGUGGUAGCGGGAUGGACACUGGCAACUAUUACCGGUAUCCUAGUUGUAUUUGGCAUGUGGAGUUACAACACGAUUCCCAAGAAAGCCCAGUAUGACGUGGUAACCCAGUUGGUGUAUGGUGGGGGCCAGCGGUUCACCUGGGGCGCUGUAGUGGCUUGGGUGGUCUUCGCUUGUCACAACGGGUAUGGAGGAUUGGUGAAUGACUUGCUCUCUCACCCUGUGUGGCAGCCACUAAGCCGCCUGACCUACUCCAUGUACCUCGUGGCUUUCCCUCUCCAGUUUGCCAUUGUCUUCAGUGCCAGAACUCCUUAUUAUUACAACUAUUUUAACAAGAUAAUCGAAACUGUGGGAGUGUUAGUGAUCAGUGGAAUAAUGGCUACGCUGGUCUCCCUUAGUGUAGAGGCUCCAGUCAUCGGCCUUGAGAAGGUUCUCCUCGCACGACCUGAUUCUAGAAGCAAUGAUCCUAUCAGUAUGGGAUCCAAACUCUCGGAACAAGGCACUGAAUUCAGACUCUCGGAACAAGGCACUGAAUUCAGACUCUCGGGAGAUGAUAACUACUCAUUUAUUUCAGAAAUGGCUGAACUGGCUCACGAUAAUGGCACAUGUUCUGAGAAUGUUGCUGUUGAUAAUGUUAACAAGUUGUAAAUAUUGUGUAAUUGAAAGGUAUGUUUAUAAUAGUAAAAAAAUUGUAAGUAAAAUUUGUGAGUAAAAUUUGCAGCUGACAUUAUACAAAUAUUAAAUGAAAAGUAAAUAAGAAAUAAAGAAAAAAUACAAUAAUAAUUGGAGCUUUACGCCAGUAAAAUACUUAUAUUUAAAACAAAUGCAUAUAUUAACUAUUGCCAAAAAUAUAAUAAUUGUAAUUAAUAGUGCAAUGUCAUCUGCUUCGGAAAUUGAAGUGGAAAUUAUAAUAAUAAUAUUUCUUCCAAGCUAAUUUAAACAACAAAAUUGUUCAGAAGAUUAAGGGCUCUAUUUCCAUAACACAUUUAUAGUCAUUAAUUCAUAAACUCUCAAACAUUUUCAUUUUGAAUUACUGAUACAAUUUGGAAUAUGCUGAUAGAAUUAAGUCAACUCUUACACCAGGAACGGUUGAGGGGCCUCAGGGCUGACAACACAGCAAAUCAGGCAUGACAGGAUGGAUCUCAUCGAAACUUUUUAAAUACUGAAUAAUUUGAAGAAUUAAGCCAGACAACUUCUUAAAGAGGUUAGAUAUAACACAAGCCAGGCGCAAAGGUUUCAAGCUCAACAUGGAACAAUGUAGAAAUGAAACAGGAAAUGCUUUUUCUCUCACAGGGGUUAUAAACCCAUGGAACCGCCUAUCUUCCGAAUUAGUAAAUACCAAAAUUGUUGAAUUAUAAAAAGCUGCUUGAAAAAAUCAUCAGGACAAAUGAGGAGACCUUUGACAACCCGCUGGCUUCCUGUCCUUGUCGAGGGAACUAAAGUGUGACCCUCAGGAAAAUUCAGGUAUAUGUGACUCUACUUUCUGAAACAGUAAUGUUGUGUUGCUAAUAUAUACUUUAUAUUUCUAGACCUUGUUCAGGAAUCCUUUCUCAUACAGCAUUUGGUAGAUCCCACACGAGGUAAUAACAUCCUAAAUCUUGUGCUAACUUCAGAAAAGGGCAUGAUUGAUCUAAUUCAGGAAGGGGAAAAGCUAACCCUCUCAAGUGAUCACCAUAUUUUAAGAUGGGCUACGAAUAUAGAAACCCGCAUAAAGGUAAAUGAUGAUGAAUUUCUAGAUUACCAAUGAGAAGCUUAUCAAGGAAUGAGACAGGAACUGCAAAACAUCUCUUGGAGGUAGCUGAUAGGUGAGAAUGGCAUGGAAGCAUCAUGGCAAAAUUUGAAGAAGGUCACCACGGAACUCGUUCAAAAGUAUGUGCCAAAAAGGAGAAAGAAAAUAAUUGAAACUAGAUGGAUGACACAGGUCGUAAAACGAGCAUUGAUAACCAAGAAGAACCUCUGGAGAACGAAUAAAUCCACGAUGCACAUGAUUGAUUAUGGGGAUAUAUAAAAGGCCACUAAACUCAGCCACCCAGGAAAUCAGAUCAGAUAAAAAGAAACUACAAAAGAAAACAUUCUCAAAACAUAAAGAAAUAUCUAAAAUCGUUCUAUGCCUACAUUAAAAGUAAAACCAAAACAACGGACUUGGUUGGAUCCUUAAGAAAUGAGACUAACCAAGUUUUAAUGGACGAUGAAAAGUCGACAAACACUCUGAAUGAAUGAAUAAUGUUCACACUAGUAAGGUUAGAUGACAUCCCAUCACCCACACAAAUGUUUGAAGGAGGUAAUGAGAAUGAAUUAAAGGAUAAAUCCAUAACAUGCAACAUAAUCAGGAAGAACAUUGACAAACUUA